CAACGCCGCUGUCACGUGUGAUAAGAAAGCAGCUUUUGUCCAUUUUGGGUUUAGACAACUUAAAUUAAAGAUGGCUGAAAAUACAGAAAAUAUGGAUACAAGUGAAAAUAUUGGUCAGGAUAUUGAUGAAACAAUUGAUGAACUGUCAGAACUAGUAAAGGAUGAUGCUGUCGUUGGUGAUAAAGAAGAAACGAAAGAAGAUGAGAACAUGGACGAUUCCACGGAUAAGAAGGAAGAAGAUUCCAAAGAAGAAGAGGACUCCAAAGCUGAAGAGAAAGAUUCUACAGAGGAGAUUGCUAAAAAGAAGAGAAAGAAACCAAAUUUCAUUGAUAAAACACAAAGACCACCAUUAGUUAGAGUUGUUCAAGGUGAAGUGAUCAUUAAUAACUUCAAAAUGAAAGAUGCUAAGAUGAAGGAUUUCCUGACCAUCCUAAGCAAAGCUGAUAGCUUUGUCUUUGAGUACAAUACUGAAAGCACACAAAGCAGCCAAACAGAGGAAAACAAGAACCAAAGGAUUGGAAAGAUAACACUGACCUAUUCUGCAAAAAAGGAUUUCAAAGCUCUUUCAGUUAUCAACAUUCUGGCAGAUCUGGUUGAUUUUGAUUCUGGUAUUGAAAUAAUAGCACCAGACUCCAUAAAGAAUGAAGUGGAUGCUGAGCUAUACGGGAUACGAAGACACCUGUUAAGUCAGGCUAAAGAUAAAACUUUGUAUGUAAACGACAUAACAAAUGCUACAACCGAAGAGUUCUUACGGGCCUUAGUGCCUGAUUGUACCAAAGCUCAUAUACCUGUAGACUCUGAGGGCAACAAACUUGGUUGGGCAGUGCUUGAGUUCAGAAAUGGAAAGGAGGCGGAUGAGUGUAUGAAGACUGUGAAGGAAAUUGAGCUUGGGACUGAUAACAAGGUUGUUAUAAGUCGUGCAGAAUCAACUGAUCCAGCAGAUUUAGAAAGAGCAAAGGAACUUCACAAGAACAAGCCACCAAAAAGAAAGAAGGCUCCACAGACACCUGCCAAAGAUAAAAAACGACAGUGGAACCAAGGACCAGGAAUGCUGGGACCUCGACCUCUGAUUGGGUCAUCACCAAAGGGGGGUAAUAUGGGCAAUUCUGGCAGAGGAUGGUCACAGGGAGGAGGUGCAUGGGCAGGAGGGGACAUGUCAGGAUCUGGCCGACAGAUGAACUAUGACGGUGGAUUUGGCAACAGAGGUAAUGCAAGAGGGGGCACGGGUAAGCCUAGACCUCAUACAGCUGGCAGCAAGGGAAACUAUGGAAAGCAGGGGUCAUUUGGUGGUAACCAAGGUUAUGGAAACCAGGGUUUUGGAAAGCAAGAUUUUGGAAACCGCGGUUUUGGAAACCAAGAUUAUGGUUACCAAGGGUAUGAGCGUCAAGGAAGAUAUUCAGAAAUGCAUGACAAUUAUGGAGAUGGGCGGGGGAAUAUGGAUGAUGAUAACAUGCUGGAUUUCCUUCAAUCUGCAAUUAUGGAGAUGAAAAACAAAAAGAGUGCCAAGAUGCAGUCUGGUGGGGAUCGAUGGGGAGGUGGUGCAUAUAGCCAAUAUGAAGGAUUUGUAGAUAACCCAAAGAGGAGACGAGAUAACUGGAGUGAUCCAUCUGACAGAAACUGGGGAUCUGGCAGGAAUAAUCAGGGAAGCAGGGGACAACAGCAGGGACUUGGAGUAUGGACUCAGGGUGGUAAUCAGCAGAAUAGAAAUGAUAUGGGCCGCAGUGGUGGCAAAAAUUACGGAGGUGGUUAUGGAGGUGGACAAUAUGAUUCAUACAGCUCAUAUGGUGGACGCUAUUGAGCAUCAUUCUAACCUGGACACCAGUGAGACAAUUGUGGAGACCGGCACAUGUCAUACCGUUGAGGCUAUUAAGUACCUUGGUGGACUCUGUGUAGCUGUUAUUAUUGUGAUCAAGACUAUCAACAACUUAUCAGCAUAAGUUGUUGUUUAUAUCAGACUUUAUCAGUGUUGUAAAGUGUUGGAUGUUACAUCUUUUUCCUUAUCGUCUUAUCUUGUCAUUUUUUGGACUCUUAGUAAGUCCAACAGCAUUUCAUCUGUUGUUUUCAUGAUUGUGAUUUGUUAUCCCAGGAUAUUAAGUUGAUUGUCAUGUAAAUAUUCAGUUGUUAAUUUCAGUAAAAAAAUGAGAUUUUCAUUUGUUUAGGAUCAUUCUCAUGAUGAUCACUGAUUUAUGAUGUAUUUAUCAUCAUUCAAAUUAUGAAUAAAAUUCAGUGUACAAAACUUCA